UGUCAAGUGAAGUGUGUAUACUGUGUAGUCAUUGCAGUCAUACCAUAACGGUCCCUGGAAGUGUUCUAGACUACCCACGGCCAUCUGUGUUGAAACCUACGGCAUAUCAACUGUGCUCAUCAUCUGUAUCAUAAUCACCUGACUGCUUAAUAAAGAACCAUGGCCGACGCAGAGCUGGAAGAGAUCAGGAGAGCCCGUCUGGCUCAGCUUCAGCAGCAGCAGGGAGGUGGACCACGAGGUGGUGCCGGUCAAGACGGCCAGGAUGAUCAGAGGAAACAAGCAGAAGCCGAACGUCGUUCUGCAAUCCUGAACCAAAUCCUCGAACCCGAAGCUGCGGACCGCCUGGGCCGCAUUCGCCUUGUGAAAGAGUCGCGCGCCGUCGACAUUGAGAACCGGCUGAUCAUGCUGGCACAGACAGGCCAAUUGCGGCAAAAGGUCUCGGAGGAUCAACUCAAGCAGCUCCUAAAUGCUGUGGCUGAGAACCAGCGCAAGGAUGAGGAAGAGCAUAAGGUUGUAUUCAGUCGGCGUAAAGGAGGCUGGGAUGACGAUGAUGACUUGUUGGAUCUGUGAAAACUCGAAUUGAAAAACAGCGAAUGUCGUUAAUGCCUGUAAGGAACUUCUCACAGGUCUCCUUUGAUACCUUCAUCCCUUAUAUUCAUGGGCUAUGAAACAGAAACAAACUGGGCCUAGGCGUUUGCGGUCGGUACAUAGUGCAAUCCUUCGACAGCACUCUAUUCCGUUAUUCAACCAGGUCUUAA